AUGGCCAUACCUGAGCUGAUGAGGAUAUUUGUGGACAUUGAGAAACUGGACUGGGAUUCAGCGUGGAAUAUCACUAAGAAAACGUUUGCAUACACCAACCACACGGUUCUGCCUGAGGCUCUGGAGCGCUGGCCAGUCGAACUGAUGGAGAAACUUUUACCCCGACACUUGCAAAUCAUAUACAAGAUCAACCAAACACAUCUGGAUCAUAUAGCAUCUCUAUUUCCAGAUGAUAUGGAUCGAAUCCGUAGGAUGUCUUUGAUUGAGGAGGUAGAGGGAAAGAAAGUGAACAUGGCUCAUCUCUGCAUCGUGGGCUCACACAAGGUCAAUGGAGUUGCUGAGAUCCACUCAGACAUCAUCAAAAGAGACGUAUUUCGAGACUUCAGCGAGCUGGAACCAGACAAAUUUCAGAAUAAAACAAACGGCAUCACGCCACGACGCUGGCUGCUCCUCUGCAAUCCAGGACUCGCGGAUCUCAUCGCAGAGGCUAUCGGUGAAGAGUAUGUAAAAGAUCUGACUGCGCUGCAGAAGCUGAAUGAUCUGGUUGACGAUGACGCCUUCAUCCGAGAUGUAGCCAAAGUCAAACAGGAUAACAAGGUGAAGUUUGCACAGUAUUUAGAGAAAGAGUACAACGUGGAUGUAAAUCCUGCAUCCAUGUUUGACGUCCAUGUGAAAAGGAUACAUGAAUACAAACGACAACUUCUCAAUUGCCUCCAUGUCAUCACUAUGUACAACCGAAUCAAGAAGAGCCCCACGAAACCGUUUGUGCCGCGGACUGUGAUUAUCGGGGGCAAGGUAAAACAAACAACCUUUUCCAAACACAAUCACAUGCACUGAUUUGCAAUAUGUACUCUA